AUGACUCAGCUAUUGCGCUCGAUGCCGCCGCGGUUCUCUAACGUCCCGAUCGUCUUUUCGGAGCACCUCUUUGAGCGGUACAUCGCGGGCACAGCUGGGUAUACCGUUGUCGUGUAUGAUUUGUUCCUUACUUUGGACAAAGAGAUUGAAUACAUCUGGAAAGCGGAGUGGUCGCUUGUGAAAACACUAUAUCUGGUCAAUAAGUACGGCAACAUCGGGCUGCAGACUUAUUUCUGCAUCGAGAGGACUGGAGUCCUUUACCAGAGCGAGGAUACGAAGUUCUGUUGGAGAUACAAUAUUCUCGUCCUCGUGUCUAUAUGGCUUUCCACUGAGAGUCUACAUAUUCUGGUGCUCUUGCGAGCGUGGGUCAUCUGGGGCUGUCGCCGAAAAAUCUCCAUAGCUCUGAUUGGUCUUUAUUCCGCAUACAUGGGACUUGCCCUGACUGUCUGUCUAAUGUCUGCUCAAAAUCCCGUUUGGAACACGUCCAUGUACUUGGGUACGAUCGGAACAUGUGUCGGCUUCCUUUCUGAGGAGUCGUACGCCUUUUGGAUCGGAAGCCUGCUUCUUGACACAGGUGUUUUUCUCUGCACGAUGUGCAGUCUGCAUAGAUACGAGCAGGAUUGCCCGUACCGCACGCGUCUGAGGCGACACCUCGAGGUUUCAGCGCUGUUGCUUUAUGCUGCAUGUGUUCUCGAUAACGUAUUCGCUAUCAUGAUAUGGAAGUCGUGGGGAAAUAGCGACCGCUUGGAUCCUCGCUGGUUCCUGAACAUUACGCUUUCUGGACCAGUUCUCUCGAUUUCGGGCCAGAGGUUCGUUCGCGACCUUCGCUCGCUCAAAGGACAGAACCUCGGGCUAGCGUCGGCAAACUUCAGCGCUGAGAUCCGCCGGCAGCUUCAUGAGGUUGUGGGUGACACCGAGGACGAUAUGACUGAUGGUGCUGCCUGGGGAAGUUGGGCUCGCCAGCUUGCAGCCUGGUCGCUAGCACCAAUCAUGAAGGAACUAAACGAAUUGGCAUUCGUGCUGACACAGGGUAACGGUUUUGAAACACGAUUUGGCGUUACAUUGCGUCAACGCGCUUGCGUCGAUUUUUAUACAUAG